AUGUCGCCAACGUAUCAUCUCAAGGUUCCCUUCAAGUCAGGCUCGCAGAUUCUCAGACAUCCUAUUCGUAAAAUUCGCGUGCCGAAUGGCUUCUUCGAUCAGCUUACUGAUGUCUGCCUUCGCAUGAAUCUGCUCGACAUCAGCGGCGUGCUCGAUGUAGAAUUCUCUACUGCUAGUCGACCAGUUCGAUUGCCUAGCCUCCGACUGCUUGAUGUCGACGCCCUACAGCAGGAUGCGAGCCGGAUGGUCAAUCUUGACCUAAGCUUGUGCACGAAUUUAGAAGUCGUCAAAGUCUCCCGUCAGAAUGUCACUGGUCUGCCCGCGAGCCUCAAAGCUUUCUCGGAGCGUGCACUCGAGCCGGCAGAUAUCUCGCGUGAUCGAUACCCGCCUAUCACCUCUGUCUUAUCUCGAUGUCUCCAGCUCGAGUGUCUCGAGCUGUUUCACAGUGGCACUUCUGGCAGCGAUAUCGCUAAUCUACUCAAAUGCCGUAUUCAGCUCAAGCGAUUUGCGAUUGGCCCCAGCAGUGUCUUUGACGAUCAGGGCCUACAAGCGCUAGGAAGGAGAUGCGACAGAUUGGCAUCGCUCGAACUCAUCAAGUGCGCGAGUGUGACGGGCGACGCGCUCAUUCGCCUCGUGAGCAAGAUGAUGGAUCCGCAAACAGGCAAAGCUGCUCUGGACCUGCUGCUCGAAGAUUGUCCUUUCCGUCGCGUCGCGCUUUUCCGCGUCUUCCACUCUCCGGCACAGAUGGCAGCAGUGACACCGCUGGUCAACAGCGCCAUGCUGACGGACUAUGUCGGCCGGACGGUUCGCCUCGUUGGAAGAAGGAUAAAGCUCGAGGGGGAUGUCGCUCUUUUAGAGGCGACAGAUCACGGACAAGUCACAGUGCGGCUCAACAGGGACUCGCAUUGGGCAGACGACUACGUCAUGGUCAUUGCCAAAGUCGAUGAAGCUCCCAAUUCGGUCAAGGAGCUCGCAAGCUUCAAUCGCGGCGCAACCCUUGAUCUCGAUACUUUUGACAAGAUGAUUCGCGUCUGCAAGAUGUUGCCAGAAUGCUUCCCGACCAGCUAA